GAGGACGUACGAAACACAUAUUGGGUAAUGCCAUUUCCGGCCUUCCUAUUUAUUGGUAACUCUGAUCUACAGAUGCCACAAACACAAAAUGCAGUAUCACCGGGGAUUUUCCCAGGACGAAUCUGCAGAUAUGAGACGGAAACCAAAGAAAGAGGAUGAUAAAAUUCCUGGAAAUUCAUUGAAUGUAUGGGAUUACCAAACAGCUCUUUGAAAUUUGGCUACAAUCUUUACCUACAAAUCAAUAUCUUCUCUCCUCAACAUCUUAGUCUUAUAUCUCGUAUCACUGCUAUUCCAAACCGGCAUCAAUUUCUCGUUAAUGAGUCAUCUUGCUUUGGGAUUAUGUUCAAGACCGGGCAAGAUGGCUUUGAUCAUGUUAAUACAGUCAUCAUCCGGAUUAUCAUGGAGACAGCGACGUAAAAUGAAGGCAUCCGCGUCUGUUCGUGUUUGAGAGGUGUAAUAAUCGUGAGAUUCGAACUCGA